GCUGUACUGGGGAUCUGAGAGCAGCUAAUUCAAUACAGUCUAGUGUAGAGAACUCAGAGCUGUACUGGGGAUCUGAAUGAUAUAUUUCGUGUAUAAAACAGUAUAGAACUGAAUUGAGACCUGUCUAAGUAAAACUGUGGACAAAAUAAAAACACGACCACUCACGACCCAGCACAACGAAUGACGGGUUAAAAAAACAAAAACAAAAAACUAAAAAAAAAAAAAAUAUAUAUAUAUUGUCCCACUGAUUGGCAGGGUGAAUACGUGCAACUUUCUAUUAUUUUAUUCAUCCUCCUAUUGGUCAAAGGAACAGUAACAACCCUGUCAAUUUAUGAUUGGCGAAGGGACGCAUUAUUUUAAAACAUGCUUAUCUGAUAGGUUACGGGCUCUGGUAACUCCGCUUAUGAUUGGUGCUUGUUUCGCACUGAAGAUUGCGAGCCGUGUGAUUGGCUGCGAGUCAGGCGACGCACAACAAAAACUUGGGGGGGGGGGAACGACCAAGGAAGAGGCGAGCGAACAAACUAAUGAAGUUAAAAAAAAUUAACAAGUAAAGAAAACGUGAAAAAUUAAAUAUGAAGAGUCGGGUACCUUCAGGGGACCGUGUUCUUCUCAGGAGUUUAAACGCAGGACUGGUGAAGGUGUUCAGAUAGAUGAAAGCGGUCCUUUUACUUGGGAACACGGCUGUUAAAUUGUGACUUUAGGAAAAUCAAUAAACUAAAACUACACGAAAGGUAUAGGGGGAUGGGGUCCCUUGGCAGCAGGCUGGCUGGCGUGGGGGGGCCAGGCAGCUCCCAGCAGUCGAGGAGCGGGUGCAAGUGCAGGAAGAGGAAGCGCAGCUCGGGGUGUCAGUGUGACAGCGAGAGCGAGGAGGACGGGGACAGCCUGCUCAACACCCCGCGCAGGAAGAAGCUGAAAAGCACUUCCAGGUACAUUUACCAGACACUGUUUCUGAAUGGAGAGAACAGCGAUAUCCAGAUCUGUGCGCUAGGGCAAGAGUGGAACCUGCACAAAGUCUACCUGUGCCAGUCAGGGUAUUUCUCCAGCAUGUUCAGUGGGUCCUGGAAGGAGUCCAGUAUGAACGUUAUUGAACUGGAGAUACCGGACCAGAACAUCGACACAGAGGCUCUGCAGGUGGCGUUUGGGUCUCUGUACCGGGACGAUGUUCUGAUCAAGCCCAGUCGAGUGGUCAUGAUCCUGGCCGCCGCCUGCAUGCUUCAGCUGGACGGUUUGAUCCAGCAGUGUGGAGAGACCAUGAAGGAGACCAUCAAUGUGAAGACGGUGUGUGGCUAUUAUAGCGCCGCGGGGACCUACGGACUGGACUCUGUGAAGAAAAAGUGCCUUGAGUGGCUUCUCAAUAACUUGAUGACUCACCAGAGCGUGGAUUUAAUGAAAGAGCUGAGUGCAGGGCUGAUGGAGCAGUUGAUCGGCUCUCCAGACCUGUUUGUGAUGCAGGUUGAGAUGGACGUCUACACUGCUCUCAAAAAGUGGAUGUUCCUGCAGCUCGUGCCCUCCUGGAGUGGCUCCCAGAAGCAGCUCCUGGCGGAUGCAGAUAGCUGGAUCUCCAAGAAAGUGAAAGAGCUGCACUCGGGCGAUGCGUUCCUGCAGUCGGAGCAGGGAGCUGUCUUCGCCCCUGUGUUCAGAAACAUCCGGCUGCAGUACGUCAUCAACGACCUGGCCUCCGCCAAGAUAGUGGAGCGAGACGCCAUCCUUCACACCGACUGGUUGUCAGCGGUCUACAAGCAGCAGUGGUUUGCCAUGCUGAGGACAGAGCAUGACAAUGACUUUGGCCCUCAGGAAGCCAACAAGGAGGAGUUUGAGGUGAGCAGUAUGCGCUGCGGCAGGAAGCUGGCCAAGGAUGGAGAUUACUGCUGGAGAUGGACAGGGUUUAACUUUGGGUUCGAUCUGCUGGUCACCUACACCAACCGCUUCAUCAUCUUCAAGAGGAACACUCUGAGCCAGCCGUGUGGGGGGUCUGUGAGCCUGCAACCUCGCAGGAACAUCGCCUACAGGCUGCGUCUCGCCUCCUUCGAUGGCAGCGGGAAGGUUAUCUGCAGCCGCUCCACUGGCUAUCAGGUGCUGGCCCUGGAGAAAGACCAGGAGUACGUUGUGAUGAAUCUGGACAGUCGGCUUCUUGCAUUCCCUCUCUACAUCUGCUGCAACUUCCUGUACAUCUCCCCGGCCAGCAGGAGGCAGGAGAGUGCAGAGCCGGGGAGCAGCAGCAGCAGCAGCAUGUCCUGAUGCUGCCCUCCUGCUGUUCGUCUGUCUUGCCAGACCACAGAGCCCAGCAGCACUGACUGACUGACAAAACAUCAGGGAUCCGCAGAGCAGCUCCUGCCUGUCUACAGACUUCCUACCUGGAGAAACGGGUUUCCGUUCAUCUGCAAACACGGCCAAACCACAAUUUACUUUUUUUUUUAAUAGUGUAAAUAUGUUAAUUUGUGUUUUUUUUUUAUUUUAUUUUUUUAAUAUAUAAUGAUUUACAGCUAGGGGUUGUAUUGCUCAUUCUUGCUGUAAAUUAUUUGUUGUUUCCAAACUUUUGAACACUACUGUGUCUAUAAGAAGAUGACAAUUUCUUAAAGUUAAAUGCUAACCAACCCAAUACAGAGCACUCGGAGCAGCAAUCUCUGAGACCUAAGACCAAAAUGCCGAGAUCCUUCUCUUGUGAGCUGGGGGAGGGGGCCCUGAAUCGCUACAGCCAAAAAUUUCCAUCUCUAAAGACCCAGUAUUUCAAAUCGAAGCUGGUCAACGCAAUUUAACAAAGAAAUUAAUAAAUAAAUCAGACAUCAAGGAGAGGGGGCUUAAAUUGAGCCACCAGGACUUGAGACUUGAAUCCUCAUCAUCAGACAAGAAAGGACAGAUAACCAGAGGCGUACAGAUGAAUCAGCAAGGGAAUCAGACUCCUAUUCCAUAGCAGAGUGAUCAGUUCCUCCUACCAUACCAAGGUGCCAGUGACAGCUGUUGAUGUAGUAUGUGUCUUAUAUGACCCUGAUUUUAGCACUAAUCUUGGCUUAACUUGCAUGAAGUAACUUUAGGCAAAGUCCAAGAAUACUGCUAAUCGUGGGCUGAGAUGGCUCUCUGGUUCUGCAUGCCCUCUGAGCUGCUCUCUGUGAGGCUGGAGAUGGUUCUGGUUCUGCAUGCCCUCUGAGCUGCUCUCUGUGAGGCUGGAGAUGGUUCUGGUUCUGCAUGCCCUCUGAGCUGCUCUCUGUGAGGCUGGAGAUGGUUCUGGUUCUGCAUGCCCUCUGAGCUGUUCUCUGUGAGGCUGGAGAUGGCUCUCUGGUUCUGCAUGCUCUCUGUGAGGCUGGCGAUGGCGCUCAAGCUGUCUGGUUAUGAAGUGGCUCUGUGUUGCCUGUACCAGGCUCUCCUCCCCUCAGCUCAACACCUCUUCCUUGCACUGUUGUUUUUACACUUUGGGAACAAACUCAGCUCGGACCAAAGCAGCAGGAGGUGGUGGGAUCUUGCCUUCUGUUUACUAAAGAAAUGUAAUAAAUUAGGGCAACAGUCUUGAUGAAGAAUUUAGCGUUGUCUUUAUCAGCAGGUUGUACAAAUCCACAAAUUACACUGGUGUAACUCUGGGUCUGUGAAACCUGCUGUAAACAAGACUUCUCAACACUUUGAAUCGAUUUACUGCAUUUCAAUUUAGUGCUGAUGUAGAUCUCAUGAGCAAAUAGUGUUUUUUUUUUUUUUUUUUUUAACUGAACGAUUUUCUUGAACUCUGAGGUCUGCUAUUCCUUUAGUCUCGCUCUGAUGCGUUACUUUUGUAAUGUUAUGGUCAUGAUUAGAAACCCCAGCAGUCUCUGGUUUCACUCAUUUAUUUAUGUGCUGGUCAUUUCAAUAAUAGACUUCAUUGAGGGCUGUUCUGAAACCCAGGACUAGGGAGUUUCUAAUUGCUUUUGUUUGUUGGAGCAAUGUGUUCUUUCCCCCUCAUAGUUUACACCUGUACCUCUACCCACUUCAACGCAGGGUUUCAUUUGGACAUCUGCACUGUAAAAUCAUAGAUUUUUUUAUUUUUUGUUUUUUCAUGUCAUGUCCAUCGAAGUGUUUAGUAUGGAAGGUGCAGGUGCUCGAUGUGUUAUUAAUAUAGUCUAUUUUUUCAUAUUUGUAUAAAUUUAUUCCAGACAAGUGGAGAUGGUGUUUGUUGUUUUUAAUUUCGGUGAGAAGACAGACGGUCAAACCUCACCUAUUGUGAGCCACUUGGAAUCUGAGUUGUGUGCAUGUCUUUGAAGAAAGUUACGUGGAACAAUAUACUUUGUUUCUAUUGAAAGGCUGGCUGUACCUAUUAGCUGUGCAGAAUAACAGUAAGACUGCAUGCAAACACUCGAACAAAAAUGCUCCUGUCAUAGUUUCCAACACGUUCUUACAUAGUUAACAGAAUAAUCCCCAACACCUUGAUCACAUCGAGUAAAGAAAGGGGCCAUUGAUACAAGUUGGUCAAAUCUGUAUCCCUCACGUCACACAUUUCAACCCUUGCAUUUAUUUACUUAUUUUCACGGACAGAAGUGCGCUUGUAUAACGUUGGUACACAAAUGGCGUUAUUGAGUCCUGCCGCUGUUCAGAGAGAUUGAUUUGACCACCAGUGCACCCUAAGAGUGG